CAUAAUUAGUAAAAAUGACUCCUAUCCACGCGUGCUUCAUCUCGCAGUAGCUUCGACGCCCUCGUCCUACCAGGGAGGUGGAUUGUUGAUGAUCUGCCAGAUUGUGGAUCGCCCAACCCGCCGAUGCGGUGAGGCUAAUAAUUGGCCAUGAUUUGCUCUUCUGUUUUUUAGAGAUGGAGGGGUAAGUCAAUUGUGAUAGAUGUUCAAUUUUUAUAGAAUCACGCGUUGCUUAUCAAUUGACUUGAUGGCCCUGGGACGGAUUUUUUAAUUUUGUGUCUUGAAGUCAGACUGUUCUCCCCACAACAUUCAAGUCAAGUUAAGGGAAAUGGCUGCAGUGGCAGCAUACAAUACGACGGACUGCGACAAUGCAAAAUACAAGGAAGAGAGAAGGAGCACUGUUUUUCGCUCGUCCAAGACGUUUAUAGUGAUUGUCGUGUCUAUCGCCAUCUUUGCUGAUGUCUUUAUAUAUGGAAUGGUCAUUCCUCUUGUUCCAACCAUUCUCAGAGACCGACUCGAUCUACCAGAUGACGAGCUCCAAAAAUGGCUUUCUAUUCUACUUGCAACUUUUGGAGGUGCUCUUCUGAUUAGCUCACCUAUCGUUGGAUAUGUCGCCGACAAGGGCUCAUCCCGAAAAUUCACCUUCAUCGUCGGUCUGUUUGCUGUUGCUGGCGCAACUGUGUUGUUCUGGGUAGCAAGAACGCCCACAGCAAUGGUCACCGCGCGCGCUUUACAGGGCGUCGCCGAGGUAGCUAUGUGGGUAGUCGGCAAUGCGCUUGUGGUCGACACGGUGGACAAGGAGCAGUUGGGCACGGCAAUGGGGUAUGUAUCGAUGUCUAUGACUGUUGGAACUAUGGCUGGACCAGCUGUGGCUGGGAUUCUCUUGAAUAAAACCGGCUAUGACUCUGUUUUCAUACUGGCUUUGUCCUUGAUCGGCAUCGAUGUUGUAUUCCGAUGCCUCAUGAUCGAGCCAAAGCCUAAACAAAAGGUCAAGAACGGGGAAACAGAGCCAUUACUUCGUGAUUCAGGAGUGCCCCAAUAUCAGAGUACCACCGAGGCCGGUCACGAUGAAGAGGCCUGUUCUGGCCAUGUCUCAACAAGCUUCAUCCCUCCAAUCGUGCGUCUGGCUUUGUCUGGUCAGCUCCUUGUCCUGCUUAUUGCAAGCAUCAUUAAUGCAAUAGUCUGGACCUCGUUUGAAACUACUCUUCCCGUCUUUGUCAUCAGGACCUUUCACUGGGAAUCAGCUGGUAUUGGGAUGUCCUUUUUCGCACUGACGAUCCCCGCCAUUAUAUCUCCGCUCAUUGGAUCCGCCAUUGACUACCACGGCCCUCGAAUCAUUUCCAGUCUAUCCUUCAUCUCCCUCGUCCCCAUUUUCAUCGCUUUCCAAUUCGUCACGGACGACUCCCUGCGUUCCUGCAUAAUCUUCUUCUCCCUACUCGUCGCCGCCGGCCUCGCACUCUCGGCUAUCCUACUCCCGCUCAUGGUCGAACUGAACGACCCCAUUGAGCGCAAAGAGCGUGAAAUGCCAGGUAUAUUCGGCGAGGCUGGUGCCAGUGCACAGGCGUUUGCGCUGCAUACUAUCGCGUGGGGAAGUGGACAGACUAUCGGGCCGAUUGUGGCCGGAGCGGUGGUCGAGACUGCUGGGUGGAGGGUGAUGAACAUCGUGAUGGCGGCUUGUUGUGCAGCUACGGCUGUUUUGCUUGUAUUGACAGAUGAAAAGGUUCUGCGCCUAGUUUGGAGGAGGUAUGCUGGUAGCAAUAGACUUAAUAGGACUAACUAGGCUGUACAGAUAGGUGGUAGUGAAAGGAGUUUACCUUGACCUCUUGAAGAAAAAAUUGCACUGUCAAGGGUAUUAGUUCAUUGUUGAUAUAUAGAUAUUACAUCAAUA